CGGACGCGCUUUGACAGGAUUCCGAGGAACGCAGAGGCGGCGGCGGCGGCCAUGGAGCUAAGCGAGCUGCUGUACAACAAGUCGGAGUACAUCGAGACGGCAUCUGGUAACAAAGUUAGUCGCCAGUCAGUGUUGUGCGGGAGCCAGAACAUUGUUCUCAAUGGCAAGACCAUCAUAAUGAAUGACUGUAUUAUCCGCGGAGAUCUGGCAAAUGUAAGAGUUGGACGCCAUUGUGUUGUGAAAAGUCGUAGUGUCAUAAGGCCACCAUUCAAGAAAUUCAGCAAAGGUGUUGCAUUCUUUCCUUUGCAUAUUGGGGACCACGUCUUUAUUGAGGAAGAUUGUGUGGUCAAUGCUGCUCAGAUUGGGUCUUAUGUCCACGUUGGCAAGAACUGUGUGAUUGGACGCCGGUGUGUGUUGAAAGACUGCUGCAAAAUUCUUGACAACACAGUAUUACCUCCAGAAACUGUGGUCCCACCAUUCACUGUCUUCUCAGGCUGCCCAGGGCUCUUCUCAGGGGAGCUCCCGGAGUGUACUCAGGAGCUGAUGAUCGACGUCACCAAGAGCUACUAUCAGAAGUUUUUGCCACUGACACAAGUCUAGUGCUUCUGCCUUGUGUCUUGAAUUCACUUGAGCUGGAAGAUGAACUUGGGAACAAAGUGAGCAGUCAUUAUGUACAGGAACUCUUGUGUCUUUGCCAUCUUCUGCCCACCUUGUUUUUAAUUUAGAACUUUCACUCCUUCAAGGCUCUUGGUGCUGCAGGAGUUCCCUGAGAACAUCUGGAGGAGUCAUCUUCACACUGUGUGCACACCUUAUCUAUCAGAGACCACUUCAUACCAUUAUCUGUGGAACACAGAAUCAUCCAGCCCCGCGGCCCCCAGGUGCUGAACCUGGCUGAAAUGGGCCUGCCAAACAGCGGCACUCCUGCACAGAGGCCGCGUGGCUGGGUGCUGCUCACAGCCAUGCACUACACCCGCUGCACGCACUUAUACAGACCACUCUCACUUCUCUACUGCUCAUACAUUUGGCAGUGGCUGUAAUUGCUCUUAAUCCCAGGGAAGAGUGUGACUUCAGAGUUCAUAUUCCUAUUGGCUAUUAAAAAUCAAAGGGCAGGAUGAUUAGUGUUUCUCUUCUUCCCAAAAUGACCUUAACUGCCACAAAUGGUUAAUAAAAGACAUUCUAGAAUUCUGUACUAGGGCCUCUGGCUUUCACCAAAACAGGAAAUCUCCAUAUCCCAGAUUUUACUUGAAAGUUCCAGGUUCAAGUCUCCCAUGUGGGUGGAUUUGUAAGGUAAUCCCUUCUUACCUCAAGUUAUUUGUCUUAUUUUAUCAGAUACAAAAGCACUUAUAAAUACAUGCUGUCUGGCCUGGAACUGUUCAACCCACCCCAUCUUUGCUCAAAACC